AUGAAUCGGCAAUGGAUGUACGUUAACCGACUCUCCGGCGAGUUCACUACGGGUUUGAAAGAUUUCCUCGUAGUGGCUAAUGCGAACAAGCGGGGGGGUUUUGUUAUCUGUCCAUGUGUUAACUGUAAGAAUCAGAAGGGUUACUCUUCCUCAAGAGAUGUUCACAUGCAUCUGCUUCGGCACGGUUUCAUGCCAAGCUAUAAUUGUUGGACCAAGCAUGGAGAAAGAGGGGUUAUAAUGGAAGAAGAUGAAGAAGGGGAUGAUUUCAUCGAUGAAAGCUAUCUUGCUCAUUUCGGUGAUACUUUCAUGGAGGAUGCUGAAGGUGAAGGGGAAGGUGAAGAAGAGGCACGUGAUGAUCCCGUUGAUGAUCUUGGUCGGACCAUUGCUGAUGCACGGAGACGCUGCGAAACUGAAAAGGAGAGGGAGAAUUUGGAUCGCAUGUUAGAGGAUCACAGAAAGGCGCUGUACCCCGGAUGCGAUGAUGGUCUGAAAAAGCUGGGCUGCACACUGGAUUUGCUGAAAUGGAAGGCAGAGGCAGGUGUAGCUAACUCGGCAUUUGAAAACUUGCUGAAAAUGUUGAAGAAUAUGUUUCCAAAGGAUAACGAGUUGCCCACCAGUACGUACGAAGCAAAGAAGGUUGUCUGCCCUCUAGGUUUAGAGGUUCUGAAGAUACAUGCAUGCAUCAACGACUGCAUCCUCUACCGCGGUGAAUACGAGAAUUUGAAUGAAUGCCCGGUAUGCACUGCAUUGCGUUAUAAGAUCAGAGGCGAUGACCCUGGUGACGAUGUUGAGGGCCAGAAACCCAGGAAGAGGGUUCCCGCCAAGGUGAUGUGGUAUGCUCCUAUAAUACCACGGUUGAAACGUCUGUUCAGGAACAAAGAGCAUGCCAAGUUGUUGCGAUGGCACAAAGAGGACCGUAAGUCGGACGGGGAGUUGAGACACACCGCAGAUGGAACGCAAUGGAGAAAGAUCGACAGAUGGUUCAAAGAUUUUGCAGCUGACGCAAGGAACAUAAGAUUUAACGUGUACCUUGGGCAUCGUCGAUUUCUUUCGAAAAUUCAUCCAGUAAGAAAGAAAGGCAAGCAUUACAACGGCAAGGCAGAUCACCGGCCGAAGCCUGCGGAACGCACUGGUGCUGAGGUAUUUGAUAUAGUCAAGGAUUUGAAAGUCAUCUUUGGAAAGGGUCCUGGCAGACAAUCAGUUCCGAAGGGAGCUGACGGGCACGCAACCAUGUGGAAGAAGAAAUCUAUAUUCUGGGAGCUAGAAUAUUGGAAAGUCCUAGAUGUCCGCUCUGCAAUCGACGUGAUGCACGUUACGAAGAAUAUUUGCGUGAACCUCCUAAGCUUCUUGGGCGUGUAUGGGAAGACAAAUGAUACAAAGGAAGCACGGCAGGACCAGCAACGUUUGAAAGACCCU